AUGAGGGCAUCUCGAACUUCUUCACUGUAUUGGGUGACAAUGCAUCUCUCUUUUUGUCUUCUUCUCUUCACAAGUCUCUUCGGAGCAACAGUCCAAACGUGUUGUAAAUGGCCCAUCUAUAGAGACAUUCAAAAUAUCCCGAAACAAUACGCCAUGGACGCGGUUCCCCGCGAAAAAGAUUGGAAUGGUUGUGAUCAGAGUAUAACAAUCCGCUGCGCCGGUGUAAGCAAAGAAGCUCCGCAAGUAUUUAUAGUCGGAAACUAUUCCACUAGACCAAUUCUGCAGUCGUUAGACUACGUAAUUAUGGGACAAUGGGACAUGCCCCUGACGUGUGAUACAAAUACCGGACUCUGGAAGGUACCACACUCAUUCGAUCAACAUUUGAGAUAUAAGGAAUUCGUUUGUGUAUGGACAACUAUGGAUCAUAAGACACUCGUGUUCCCGAAAUUUUUCAACGGUGUUUGA